AUGGACAGAACAUUACAGGGUAGGUACUGUAGCAUUCGUGUCUAGAAUAAAAUGUCGGCUUGUCAAAUAGUUUUUAAACUGAUUGUUUUUGCCACUUUAGCUUUAUAGCUUCUUUAUUUGAUUUUUGGUCAAACUCUUAGCAGUUACUUAUUAAACUACUGUAAGGAAAGACUUAAAAAGUACUGUAACAUAAUGUUAAAGAAUUAAAUUUGAUGGAUUGGUCGGCGGGCUUUAAGAUGGCCUACUGUCAGGAGACGCCCUUGACCGAGUUGAUCGACCCUUUCAAAGAUGCCAUUGUCAGGAUGACAAAUCGGUACUGUAAGAAUGCUACUGCUUGUAGACUCGAAAAAUCGUAAGUUGGUCAUGUUUAUAAAAUUAAUCAUUGAAAUUAAACAUUUACCCAGUUUUAAAAUGACAACUAUACUUAUAUUUCCAAAAACCUUGUUUUUAAAGCUGAUCUUUAACUUAUGGUAAGAUUACAUCCUCAGGGUACAAUUUAACAAGCAUUUGGUGGUGCUUUUGGACGGGUUUCCGAAGCGAGACAACAGAAUCGGGAUCUUCAGAUUCUACAUUGUGUUACCUCACGAAGCAAAAGUGAUCGGCAAAAAAAUAGAGAAGCCGUUGUUGUCCACCAAAAUCCUCACAGGUAAAUCUUGUUUUAGUCGAUAAAAUAUAAUCACCUUAACUACCCACAAAGCCAAAUUGAAUGUACAAUAAACUAAACCUUGUUUCAUUACCUAUAACCUUGAUAUUCAGAGAUUCUGCGCUCGCAAUCGGCCGAGCUGACCAAUCGCCUUGGAUGGCACAUCAUCAGUCGCGAAAAGUACCCGAGGUUCGACCCCGUGACCACGUUCAUGAACCGUGCCCUCAUCCCGAUCGGGGUUGUCGCUGGUCUUUUAAUGUUGUUCUUGGCUUACUGGUCUUCCACUAUAAUGUCAGUUCAGCCCUCCCCCCAGGCUCAUAAUAAUUCUUUAGAUCCGGGCAAUCGAUAUACAGCGGCGAUGGUUGGAUGGUCACCGGCUCGAGCGGGGGUAAAAAUGCGGCUCUGAGGUACUGUUAUGGUGUUACGUGCAGUAGUUGUGUUGCAGUUGUGAAUCACUAUGGUUUUAUGACUUGUUGAAAGGUUUUUAUUGUGUUACCUUUAAAAAUUGGAUGUUUCACUACUUUUCAACGACUACUGUAAUUUUAAAACACGUUAUAGUGUUAGUUUUUUCAUCUUUUGGUUUAUUCCCCUUAUGACAUAUAGUUAUGUUGAUGUCACUUUCCCCGGUUUUUGUCAUCUCGUAGAUAUCUUUCCUAUACUUAUUUGAUCAAAAAGUCCAUAGAAUGUUUAAUUUUUUCAAAAACGGUAUGCCUUGUAUUACUUCUAUUAACUUUUUGACCAAACUAGCACACGUUCUUCCCUAGAUAUUCUAAACACUAGAUAUGCUCCUUGAUAUAAAUUCUUGAUCUUCUCUUAUAACAAUAUUGUUCACCCCUUUAACAGUUGUUGCGAUUAAACCGAGUAAAUACUUUAUCUUCAGACGCACCAUGGAAAUUAUUGAGGAGCAAAAAUAUCGUUUUGAUCACAUGGAGAAACACCGUGUGAGUGGCGAGAACGUGUAUAUUUACCACGCCGUGCCACGGCCCGGCACCCGUACCGCGCCUAAAGAAGAGAUUAAGAUACGGGCUUCUGAGCUACCCAAGACUCAAGAUCCGAUUGUGGCACAGAGCUCGAGUUCGACGCCAACCGAGACAGACUACGGAUCAGAAGCUCAGGAUAAGGUGCCUGAGAUUGUCAUCAUGCACGCCAGGGAUUCGUCUCGGGACACGAUGGACAGUGGCUCCAGGAGAACAUCACUUACAGGGUAACAUACUUCUUAAAACUACUACAUCUAUAUAUGUUUUGGGUCUUUUCUACGUUGUUUUUAACCAAUACAGUACUAUAUGUGUCCCCUAUAUUAUGCUUGUGACUGUUUCAGACACCGUCGGCCAUCUGGAAUGCGUCGAAUGAGUGCUUUCGACGCCUUCAAGGCCAAGAACCGUGGAUUCUUCCGCGGUGGCGGAGGCUCUCGACCGGACCGUCAAAAGCGCUGGAAGACCGGUAGCAUCAUGCUGAACCAGUUCGGAUCAAAGGACGGAAAACUAUGA